UUUCGGUUUUUGCUUUAGUUGAGAGAAAAUCGUCGCUUAGUUAACGUCGCCCCAAAAGACUGUCUUCCGAACUGUCACUACUGCUGGCACCGAACAAUCCAUCGGAGCACCGAGAAGCACAGACCCCGAAAACACGAAACAAAGAACCGAGACUCGAAAUCCGUAAUUCAAAUUAAACUCAAGACCGAACCACAAAGCAAAUCCCGAAUCGGAACAACUCGGACGCCAACAGCCGCACCUCGAGUCCAGUCCAAAUCCACAUCCAAAUCCAAGUCGCAUCCUCCGAUCAGCAGCUGCAAAUCUGCGCAAAUAGAAAAUGGCCCAACCACAACUGCUGCAAGUGAAGCUGUCACGUUUCGAUGCCCAGCCCUGGGGAUUCCGGCUGCAGGGCGGCGUGGACUUUGCCCAGCCCCUACUCGUGCAGAAGGUUAACGCUGGCAGCUUGUCCGAGCAGGCUGGCCUCCAGCCCGGCGAUGCGGUCAUCAAGAUCAACGACGUGGAUGUCUUCAAUUUCCGUCACAAGGAUGCCCAGGAUACGGUGGUGCGCUCCGGCAAUAACUUUGUCAUCACAGUGCAGCGCGGUGGCUCCACUUGGCGGCCACAGGUGACGCCCACCGGCAACGUGCCGCAGGCGAACUCUCCCUAUCUGCAGACGGUGACGAAGACCUCUCUGGCUCACAAACAGCAGGACAGCCAGCACAUUGGCUGCGGCUACAACAACUCGGCCCGUCCAUUUGCCAAUGGCGGCGGCGAUGGCGGCGUGAAGAGCAUUGUCAAUAAACAAUACAACACCCCGGUUGGCAUUUACAGCGAUGAAUCUAUUGCGGAAACACUUUCGGCCCAGGCGGAGGUAUUGGCUGGCGGUGUGCUCGGCGUCAACUUCAAGAAGAACGAGAAGGAAUACCAGGCCGAUCGCUCGGAGGUGCUGAAGUUCCUGCGCGAGGAGGAGACCGGCCAGUCCACUCCAGAGCCCCACAGUCCGGCGAACUUCUAUUGGACACAGAGCCAUGCCAUCGGAGGCAAUGAGCGACGCACACCGCUGCACCACCAGCAUCAGGAUGAGCGGAUUGGCAUCCCUUUGCAGUCGGGAUCUCUGGCGCCCGCUGCUCCACACAGGCCCAGUCUGCCGGUGGCCAAGCCGGAGGCCCAGGAAGGGGCAGGGCAGGAGCAGGAGCAGACUGAUCCGCGCAUCAUUGUGCUGCCGAUUUGCCCGGCCCUGCAGGGGCCCGAGUACAAGGCCGACAUGGAGGCGGCCGCAGCAGCUUUGGCCAGCGAAGAGGGGCGUCCGCGGCCAUUGUCCGCCAGCGGACAUCCGGCGUGUCAGUUGUGCGGCGUGGGCAUUGUUGGCGUCUUUGUGCGCAUUAAGGACAAGAAUCUGCACGUGGAGUGCUUCAAGUGUGCCACCUGUGGCACCUCCCUGAAGAACCAGGGCUACUACAACUUCAACAACAAGCUCUACUGCGACAUCCACGCCAAGCAGGCCGCCCAGAACAAUCCGCCCGCCGGCACCGAUGGCUACGUGCCCGUCCCCAUCAGGCCCAAUACCAAGCUGUCGGCCAACACCAUCUCGUCGGCCUUGAGCUCGCACGGCUACGGCAGCAACGGCUACUCGAACGGCAACUCCACCCCGGCCCCGGCACCGCCCGAACCCGAGCCAGAGCCUGAGCCAGAGCUCGUCGAAGCCGCAAUUGAGCUGCCCCUGCCGCCGCCGCCAUCGCCCACCCAGCUGCUGCAAUACGAGGCAGAGGAGGAGCCACUGGAGGCACUGCCCGCUACAGCUGUCCAGGUCCAGAUCCAGGUCCAGCCGCAGCAACCUCCGCAUCAGCUGAAGCAGCAGCAGCAGCACACGCGCACCCACAGCAGCCUCUCGUCCAUCUCGAGUGGCUCCUCGUCCUCGGGCGUGGGCGGGAGCGGGAGCGCCAGUGGGGCGGGCCACAGCCAGCAGAGCUCCUCGACGCUCUCCCUGGACCUGGACCGGGACCGCUACGCCUACGGUUCGCCCAUGCACUCGCGACAGACCUCGGCCUCGUCCACGUCGCUGGAUGUGAGUGCGGUGGGUGGCAGUGGCACUGGAGGUGGAGGCGGUAUCCAGGCCGAUAACUACACAAUGCCGCCCUCGCCACCACCUCCCCAGCCACAGACCCCAGCGCAUGCACCCUUCCGCGUGGAGACGAGCAUCAGGGUGGGGGCGCAGAAUGAGAACGACAUGAACACGCAGAACAAGGGCCAUAAUGUGUACAACCAAUUGCUGAAAGAGUAUUCCAAUAAGCUGCAGCACCAGCAACAUCACACCAACAACAACAACAACAACACCACAGCACACACCCAACCCAGACACAACAACAAUACGGCCAAGCCAUUUGCAACGUCAUCCGUGGCAGCCACCACGCAACAGCAGCCUCUGGUGGCAGCGCUGACGGCGACACUUGCUAAUCAAUUGAAAUUUAAUUCGCAUCAGGUUGCAAGCCCCCAAGCAGCGCUCUCAACAGCCGCACCAGCAACAGUAGUUGACAGCUCAAGCACUAACCCCACACCCAUAGCAGCAGCAGCACCAGCAACAGCAGCAGGAGUAUCCUCCUACACAGACAAUAUGUCCGAUGAGCCAUCAUCGAUCUAUGGCCAAAUGAAUGCCCCCCAACCAACGGGCGCCCCCGGCGAUCCGGCCUUUGAGUAUGUGACCCUCACAGGAAACGUAAUACGCAGUGUGCAGGCCCCCGGCAAGGGUCCGGGCAUCAGCUACAAGGUCAACCAGGGCUAUGCUCGCCCCUACGGAGCCUCCGCCGGGCCACCGAGUGCCGCACCCAAGUCGCCGGUCGCGUACCCGCCGCAGCAGCAGCAGCAGUCCCCACGCCCCGCGGCCGGUGGCAAUCCCUAUGCCACCCUGCCCCGCACCAAUGUGGGCCAACAAGGAGCAAGCGAGGAGGAAGCGCAAGGACUGCAGCCGGAGUACGAGGAGGAAGACUGCUUCGAGAUGGACAUCGAGGUUGCCCUAGCCGCCAGCCGGCAGUCGCAGCGCGGCUCCAGCUUCACCUGGCCCCCGCCGCAGGAUGACAGCCACGCAGCGCCCACCGCGGCACCCCUAUACAUCGCCCCACCCGAGACGCAGCACGUGGUGGUGGCCAAUCCUGUGCAGCAAGUGCCGCCGCUGCCACCCGGAAGCGCCACGGCGCGCCUCGAUCCGCAGCCAGAGCCGCAAGUGGCACAAGCGGCAUCAGCGCCACAGGCCGCUCCGCAGUGGCAGAGCUACUCGGCACCGCAGCUGACGAAUCAGCGACUGAUGGAGCAGGAGUCCAGCUCGGAUAGCUACACUUCCACAUCAACGACAACGACGACCACCUCCGAGGAGUACCAGCGCAUGUACGCGGCCCAGGUGGCGGCCUACCAGAUGCAGGAGCAGUCCGGCUCCGAGUUCGACGACUACCAGGUGGACUACGGCAGUGCCCAGGACGUGCAGGAGUACGCCUCGGGCAGGCGUAGUGCCCAGGAGUGCGUGGACUCGCUUUCCGUGCCCCUGAGUACCUACAAGCUGAUCGACAUGGUAAGGGAGGUGACACCCAGUCCCGUGUCCACACCCGCUCCAGCCCCAGCUCCAGCCCCAGCUCCUGCCCAGGCCUCGCGCCACGUCGUCUUCAACGACGAGCCCGAGUACAAAGAGCUGCCGAUGGUGCUGCCCACGGAGCUGGAGACCAUACCGGAGGCAGCCGAGUCGGGCGAGGAUCGCGAGGGUCUGGUCAUCGAGCAUCGCUGCCAGAUCCUCGAGAGCGAGCGCCUCUUCCAGCCCACGCCCGAGAUCAAGUUCGAGAUCGCGCCCGUGCGCCAGAUACCGCCCUCCAAGAUACCCAAUCCCAUGCCAAAGGAGUGGAUCAAUCCCAUGAUCCGGGUCCUGACCACGGCUCCCGAGGUACCCUUCCACCUGGUCGAGUGCCCCUUCCCGAGGCCCUGCGGCGACGAUUUCGAAGCGGAGGCAGCGGCCGCAGAGGAAGCCGCUGCUGCAGCCGCUCCGCCUGCGCCUCCACCACCGCCUCCUCUUCCCGCUCCUGCUCCUGUGGCGGAUCCACCUGCACUCCUGCGCGAAUCCCCGCCACGCGGAUCCCGUCUCAGCCAGGCCAUGGUCACGGCGCCCGAGUUCGAGCUGCGUUUCGUCCCGCCCGCCGACCAGGGCAUCCCCCUGCCCGAGGAGACCGAGCCGUACAUGCCGCCGCCCAUGGACAUGAAGCCGUACAUGCGCGACGAUUACCGACCCAAGUCCCCUUUCGUGAGCGCCCUCACCACCGCCCCCGAGCGCCCAUUCGAGGGCCACUUUGACCGCGACGUGCCCAUCCACCUGAUCGACCUGCCCACCCCCAAAGAGCACCUCAGCAUGUGCGACGCCCUGUGCACGGCACCGGACCGUGGCUACACCCCCCUGAACCCCGAGAAUGCCAUGCACCGCGUGGACGAAGAGCAGAAGCAGCAGGAACUGAAGAAGCAUGAAUUUCAGGUGCUCGACCACGAGGAGGAGCUCGGCAUCCGGCCGGAGCCGCCGCACUCCGUGGAGUACUUCACCACGGAGUCCCAGAAGCGACGCAAGUCGUCGGCAUUCGCGGCCAUGCAAGCAUUCCAGCCGUCCCGCGAACCGCUGUCCUCCGCCAAUGCCACAGCCUCAAACACGCCGCGUGCCUCCAUAGUCUCAGCCUCCCGGGAGGCGGAGACGGAUCUGGAGUACCAAAAGUUCUGCAAGGCGCAGCAGCGCAACCAGAAGCGCCUCGAUUACUUCCACAAGAAGGAGGAGGAGCUGCAGGGCUCCUCUCAGCAGACUCAACAAACUGAGCAGCAGCUGCAACAGAUCCAGCAGAACCAACGGGAGCUCCAGCAGAAUCAGAUAAACCAGUUGCAGCAGCACCAACGCGACCAUCAGUCUCAGCAGCAGCAGCUCCAGCAGAGUCAGAUAUCCCAGCAGCAGGUGCAACAAACACAACAACAACUUUAUCAAACUCAACAACAGCAAGAGAUAAGUCAACAACAGAAACAGCAGAGUCAGAGAACUCAACAACAAACACAGAAAACUCAACAACAACACCAACAGGCAAUGUCGCAGCUCUCCCAGCAGCAGGAACAGCAGAAGCAGUCGCAGCAGACCUCCGCCGCACAACAGACACUUACAGAGAACCAGACACGCCAGGGGUACUCCGAUUCUCACACGACCUCGCUUUGUUCCGCUUCCGCUUCCUACAGCAACUCCUCUUCCACAGUCCAACAGUCCACCACCACCAACAACAUCAACAGCAACAACAGCAACAACAACAACAACAACGCCUUCAACGGCAGAUCCUCCCUCGCUGCACCAAUGCCCACCGCUUCCUCCUAUGCACAUGCAUCCGCCCUCAGCAAGUACGAGGCCCAAGAGCUGAUUGAGGAAACGGCCGAGGAGCUGGAGCACUCGGAGAUCCUCUUCCCGCCACCAUCCCCGCUUAGCCACCUGAAGGGCAAAGCCGUGCAGUCCGGCCUCCACAAGGCGGACACCAUACCCAAGUACCAGCGCAACUGGACCUCGCUGCCCACCCAGAGCCCAAUCCGCACGCCGGAGCCCCAAGAGUUGCGCGAGAAUGUGCCGCUGGCCUUUGUAGAUGCACCCAAGGCGACUCCCAGUGACCAGUGCCAGAGCGAUUCCACUGUACAUAGACCCAUAGCACAGGUUUCGGGAUCGGGAUCUGGACCCGGCCCAGGACCACGAUCAGCGCCAACGGCUGCGGCUGCUCAAGCCGCUCCCCGGAGACAGCCAAUGCUGCAGCCGUCGGUGCCCAUUAUAGUCGAGGAUCGGUCGGGUCCAGUAACGAUGGCUUUCCAAUCGCUAGAUGAGUACGACCGCCCCGACCAGGCGCAGACGCCCACACGGCCCUUCACGCCCUCGAUGAUCAACAAGCCGGCGCCCAUCAUCCCCUUCUACCAGACGCCCGAGAAGCUCUGCUUCGAAGAGUGCACGGCCACCCACGCUCGGGCCUACGACCAGCGGGCCCUGUCCCCCUGCUUUGACCGCUCACGGUCGCCAGCUCCGGGACCACCGCCAAAUCCGCUCUCCGCCAUCCGAGCGCCGCGCAUGAAGGAGCCGGACUCGAAUCUACUCUCCGUCUCGGGCCCUGCACCACGCCUGCAGGCUGGAUCCAUCACCACGGGCCAGAGCUACCAGGGCCAGUUGCUGGCCCACUCCGAGCAGAGCUCCCAGUCGGGCAGUCAGAGCUUCUCGCAGCAGCCAGAGACGCUCACGGAGCGCCAAGUCGGAAAUCUGACGGUCCAGAAGCGGGAGCAGUCCUCGCAGUUGCAACAACAGCAGCAGUCGCAGAGCCAAAGCCAGACGAGGACGCAGGUGGGCAACACUCAGAUCGAGCGGCGUCGCAAGGUCACCGAAGAGUUUGAACGCACCCAGAGUGCCAAGACCAUCGAGAUUCGCACUGGAUCGCAGUCGCAAUCGGUGUCUCAGUCGCAGUCGCAGGCCCAGUCCCAGUCGGAGUCCACGGACCGUCGCUCCUCGUAUGGGAAGACGGGAUUCGUGGCCAAUCAAGCGCGACGGCUGUCGGGACUGGAGCAGGAGAUCACCAGCCUGACCAGCCAGUCGCAGGCCAUCAGUGCUCGUGCCUCCGCCAUGGGAGAGAGCAACUUCCCGCAACUGCGAUCUCCAACGUUCGACACGAAGUUCCCCAUAAAGCCGGCACCGGUGGAGUCCAUUGUGCCCGGGUAUGGAGCCACGCCCUUGGCCAACAAGCUGGUGGCUCCCCCGCCUGGAUUCCUAGCGCAGCAGCAUCAGCAGCAGCAACAGCAGCUGUCCGCAUUCUCUUCAACUUCGUCUUCGGUGGUACAGCAGCAGCGCACACAGAGCGCUUUCUCGAGCAGCACGAAAGCCACUUCCUCAUCGCUAUCAUCAGCAUCCGCAAUUGCAUCAUCAUCGUUAUCAGCAUCCGCCUCCAGAUCAGCGCAAUCAGCCAGUCUAACCAAAGCUUCUGCUAUUACUACCACGACUAAUAACCAGGCCUGCUCGGCCUUCAGGAGCAACGUCCCUGGAAAUGGCAAUAACAGCAAACCUAAUCUGGCCUCUCGCCCAUCCAUCGCUUCCAUCACAGCUCAAGCGCCAGCGCCAGCGCCAGCUCCAGCUCCAGCUUCAGCAGCGCCCAAGUCAAUCAUCGCUGCCGCAGCAUCGGCGCCAACUUCUGCGCCCGCUUCCUUUCCGCCAAACUUGAGCGAUUUGAACUUGAACUCUAAUGUCGAUGGUUCCGCAGGUGGUGGCGUCAAGAACGGCAAAGGUGGCUUCGGGGCCACAUCGGCGCCCAAGCGCGGACGCGGCAUUCUCAACCAGGCCGCCGCACCAGGUGUCCGCAUCCCUCUGUGCAACAGCUGCAACGUGCAGAUCAGAGGACCCUUCAUCACGGCGCUGGGCCGCAUCUGGUGCCCAGAUCACUUCAUCUGUGUGAACGGCAACUGUCGCCGUCCCCUGCAGGACAUCGGCUUCGUUGAGGAGAAGGGCGACCUCUACUGCGAGUACUGCUUCGAGAAGUAUCUGGCCCCAACCUGCAGCAAGUGUGCGGGCAAGAUCAAGGGCGAUUGCCUGAACGCCAUUGGGAAGCACUUCCAUCCGGAGUGCUUCACCUGCGGUCAGUGCGGCAAGGUCUUCGGCAACAGGCCCUUCUUCCUGGAGGACGGCAACGCCUAUUGCGAGGCCGACUGGAACGAACUGUUCACCACCAAGUGCUUCGCUUGCGGUUUCCCCGUUGAAGCCGGCGACAGAUGGGUGGAGGCCCUCAACCACAACUACCAUAGCCAAUGCUUUAACUGCACUUACUGCAAACAGAACCUGGAGGGCCAGAGCUUCUACAACAAGGGCGGACGUCCCUUCUGCAAGAAUCACGCGCGCUAAGCUAGCGGCCAGCUGAUUUUGUUUGACUUCAGGGAUCACGCACACUAACCACCAAUCAACAAUCAAUCAAACCAACAAUCAACGAUAAUCAAGAGCAAUCUUUGACGGAUUGUGUGAGCGCUAAUGCGUCAUUAUUAUUAUUUCUAUUUGUUUGAAUUGUGCCGCACAAAUGUUAUCCUAAUUUUAAACCAUCAACGACCCACGCGCGUCAUAUCAAAUCAAAUAUCAACGUAAAUCAAAUCUUUAAUCGGAAAAUCAAAUCUGUAUGAAAAACUGCAAAACGAGACGAAAUCGAAUUAGCUAGCAAAAUACUGUGUCCUCACACACAAUGAACUAUUAUUUAUUCAAGCAUCAAGUAUCAUAACCGAACCAACUUUACCUUACCCAAAACCUUACACUAAAUAUUUAUGUACUGUCGUCAGCGUUAACUUACUUAGUUCAAGCGACAAGUCGAGAUAUCUACCACCGAACACUGUUGAUCAACCCAACUAAACGCUAACAGAUCGCAAAGCGCGAGAGAUUUCCAAUAUCGAAUUCGAUUGGCAUCAGAGACGGGCAAGGCGAGACAGAGUCGGAAGCAGAGUCAGAGUCACAGUCAGAACAGGUUGUCAGCAGGGAGUCGCAUAUUUAUUAUUUAAAAAUGUAUGUUGUAAAUUAUCCAUAAUUUGAGUGUAAAUUGUCAUGAUCAGCAAAUGAAUAAAUUUCGAAAUCUUUUUCGCGUUUAAUA